CUUCAUCGUAUAUGGGAACACAGUGUAAGACAAUUCAGGGGAGUGUAAACACUCACGUCUGAGCUGCAUAUCGGUCUGACUUCAAACUCAGGCAGGGCUCCAGCCGCUGGUGCUUCUGAUGUCCAAAUACAAACUGUUUCUGCUGAGGCAUGGGGAGGGUGCCUGGAACAAAGAGAACCGCUUCUGCAGCUGGGUGGAUCAGAAGCUGAGUGAGGAUGGGGUGAAGGAAGCCCAGGAGUGUGGCAGGCUCCUCAAGGAGCAGGGGUACAAGUUUGACAUGGUGUUCACCUCCAUACUCAGCCGCUCCAUCCAAACAGCAUGGCUGGUUCUGGAGGCUAUGGGCCAGGAGUGGGUGCCCGUGGUCAAGUCCUGGAGACUGAAUGAGCGUCACUAUGGCGCCCUGAUCGGCCUCAACCGGGCAGAGAUGGCUCUCAACCAUGGAGAGGAACAGGUGAAGCUGUGGCGAAGAAGCUAUGACGUCACUCCACCCCCAAUUGACGAAUCCCACCCUUACUUCCUGGAAAUCUACAAUGACCGCAGAUACACCACCUGCGACUUGCCAAAGGAGAACCUUCCUCGAGCAGAGAGCCUGAAGGAGGUGUUGGACAGACUGCUGCCGUACUGGAAUAGCACUGUUGUGCCAGAGAUACAGCGUGGUAGGACUGUGCUCAUUUCCGCCCAUGGAAAUAGCUGCAGGGCCUUGUUGAAGCACCUGGAAGGUAUAUCAGAUGACGACAUAGUCAGUGUGACUUUGCCCACUGGGAUACCCGUUUUGCUUGAGCUGGAUGAAAAUCUUCGACCUGUGAAGCCCCGGCAGCUCCUGGGAGACCAGGAGAAGAUUCAGGCAGCUAUUAAAAAGGUGGAGGACCAGGGAAAGGCCAAAACAUCAACCUGACGCAGUCAGCUGGCUGUAAGGCUUACACGCUACAUGUUGCCUGAGCCCAGUAUUUGUUAGGUACAGUCAAAACCAGACUCUUAAAGAGACUUACAAAAACAUUAAUAUGUAACAGUAAAUACAGAUUUUUAAUGAGAUUCAAACAAGUUUAACACUGGCCUGAACAGGAUUCAGGAUGUGGGUGGUGCGGGUCUCACUGGUCCGACUUGGGAGAGAAGAGGUCAAGAAACUGGUACUGUAAGUGUCGGCGCUGUGUGCAAUUGUGUUGUGUGAUAUGUAAGCACUGAAGAAGUGCUUGGUUUUAAUCGGAUAUGGAUGCCCAUCCUCUUAAAUUAUGCGUGUAUGGAUCAUGUACAGAAGUUAUCUAUGAAGAUGACUCAUGUAUGUAGAUACUAUGCAGGUAAAAGGUCAAGUGAUGAAGCUCAUACAUGCUAAAAUGCUGCAUGUAAUGCAGUGCUUUUCCUUACUGGAAAGACAUUUAAACUUAAGCUCACUGUUACUGUUAAUUUAUUUGGAGAAAUUUCCCAUGCAUUUUAAAUGUGCCUUCAGGAUUAAUUGGGUUAGUACUCUAUUUCAGCUAGCUUUUAAAAGCACUUUACAAGUAGAGUAUCAAAUAGGUCUCAUUAUGAUUUUAUGUAAAAGUAAAAAGCACUUGGUUAACAAAUCUUACCUCAUAUAAUUUGGUUGCAAGGCCAUUCAUUCCAAGAACAGAGGCUAAUUAUGAGCCACAGAAAUGCUGUAAAUAUGCUCUGCCUCUGAAAUCUUGUCCUUUGUGGGUUUCCCACCCUCCUAAAUGACCUGUAUGGUGAGAGCAAUGUUUUAUCAAGGGGCAAACAAGAAUCUGUAAGACAAUUGAAUCAGUACUGUUUGCAGAGCAUUUUUGACAUUAAAAACUUAGUUUAAACAGAUUUGAUUAAACAACCAUGACUACAGGCACUAACAUGAUAAUUAACUUAGGCUGUGUUUUUAGGGAAGUUCUAAAAUUUUUUGUGGCAAUCUUCCCCUUGCUAAUUCACUGCAACAACUAUGGAUAUGAAUGGUAAAUAACAUUAUUUUGGAUAAACAAAGCAAACCAUCUUGAUGUUCAUCUUCAUUAGUGAUUUUAUCCAUUCAAAUGUAAUUAUUAUUUGAUGUCACUGUACUGUUGCUUAUGCACUAUCAACAUGAGUGAACAUGUUGCUGAACACUCCUAGUCCUCACAUAUAUGUCUUACACUUCUCUGUUACUUGUAAUGUUGUGUUGCUGUGUGGCACAGGCUACUGUUGUAUUAUGUCUCUUGUUUGUAGAGUAAGCACUGUGCACCUCUGUGUCUUUUGUUUUCCCCUUUUUGGUUGUUGAUUGUCUCUGCUGUAGUUAUUUUGUCCACUGGUGUUUUAGGUCAAAAAGGGGAUUAAAGAUGCAUUUAGAAGAUUAAUUUGUAGAUAAAACGCAGAAAACAUUGUAAUACUCUUUAAGAUGACAUAAAAUGUCAUUAAUGUCAUCUCCACUGUCUUCACUUCACCAUAAGAUAGUUUGCAUGAUGAAAUAAAAGAGUUAAAUUUCCUUAAUGAA